GCCCGGCUCGGCGGGGCGCGCCCGCGGGGCCAUGAGGGCGGGCUCCGGCCAUGGCCCAUGGCAGCGCGGCGGUCAUGCUGAAGUGCGUGGUGGUGGGGGACGGCGCCGUGGGCAAGACGUGCCUGCUGAUGAGCUACGCCAACGACGCCUUCCCCGAGGAGUACGUGCCCACCGUCUUCGACCACUACGCAGUCAGCGUUACCGUCGGGGGCAAGCAGUACCUGCUGGGGCUGUACGACACCGCCGGCCAGGAAGACUAUGAUCGUCUGAGACCUUUAUCUUACCCUAUGACCGAUGUCUUCCUUAUCUGCUUCUCAGUGGUAAACCCUGCUUCAUUUCAAAAUGUGAAGGAAGAAUGGGUACCGGAGUUGAAGGAAUAUGCACCUAAUGUUCCCUUUUUACUAGUAGGAACACAGAUUGAUCUCCGUGAUGACCCAAAAACUUUGGCAAGACUGAAUGAUAUGAAAGAGAAGCCCGUAUCUGUGGAGCAAGGACAGAAGUUAGCAAAAGAGAUAGGAGCCUACUGUUAUGUGGAGUGUUCAGCUUUAACACAGAAAGGACUGAAGACUGUUUUUGAUGAAGCUAUUAUAGCCAUUCUAACUCCAAAGAAACACACAGUGAAGAAGAGAAUAGGCUCAAGAUGCAUAAACUGCUGUUUGAUCACGUGAGAAACGUUUGACAAUGGCCAGGCUUACUGUGAAAUUCUACUGAUUUUAAAUACAAUGCAUUAAGUACAUAGUGAAUUUGUUCCAGGUUUGAAAGUUAAACCUACAUUUCUGCCUUCUACAACCAGUGAAAUCCAGAGGAAUAAAAUCAAACUCAACGAACUUGUAAUAAGAAGCCACCAUAUCUGUUACAAAUAUUUUAUUCAGACUGGAAGGUACAAUCUCUCAGGGUUACACAGUCUAGAGGAAGCAAAAACUGCACCAUGCUGAAAUGGCAUCUAUGUGAUUUUACUGAGUGGAGAUGCUUGGCCUGAAAUACUCUUAACUGAAUUUGGACAGUCUUCUGCUUUGACUAUAUAUAUAUAUAUCUUAAAAAACCCCAACUUUUGCACAGUCUGUAUGGAAUCUGCACAAAGAAAUACCUUGUCUCUUUUUGCUCCAGUUAUCUGCUUUUGUAUGUAAGCUGCUUCCGGUUCCAGUGUAUCCACAGAGGUGCAAUAAUCAGACCAGCCAUAUAGCCAAAGGUAGCUCCAAGGGAACAGGAAAUGGGCCAUACCUGAGGGGAGAAUGUAAGGUAAAAGCAGACAAUGAGGAAAAUACCUGUGGUUUUUUGUACUUCAUGAGCACAAAGUCUAGGUACUGAAAGACAGCAGUCUUAUUCUAUUUUAAAGCUUGAUGUGCUUUCCUAAAAACGCCAAAAGUGUAACAAUCAUCUUCAUGAGCACUAAAUGCUGUUGUACAGUUUAUAAUUAAUAUGCAUUAAAAUGUAAGCAGGCUUCUGGCUAUUGCAGACUUUAGUUUGAUAGUCCAAAAACUAUGUGGGAAAAAAACGCCUCAGAAGUAUUUAUACCCCCUGAAGCAUUCAGCUGACCUAACUUCCUACUCUGCUGCACAUAUUUGGAUACCUACAGAUUUCUCAGCAAUUUCUCCUUUCAAUCUCUCAUGGUGUUUUGAAACUUUUAGGUGUGUAUAGAGGAACUAGUAUUCAAAUAAGGCCAGAGACUGAAAUGGAUAGAGGUUUGUUGGCUUUUUUUUUUCCCUGAGAAGUAUGUAAAAGGAUAAAUUUCCCUUUAGCUAGCAGUAGGGAGGGAACACAAAUUUGGAAGCUGACUGAACAUCUUGCACCCAGGUCAUCAAAUUUGUAGUAAACCAGUUAUGUCAAAGAGAGCUUUAAUUAUAUGCUCUAUUUUCUAGUAUAAGAAAAGGAAGCCAACUCAAUAUAUCUGACUCACUUUAACAAACCAUCUUGUAAUAAGCCAGAGUAGUAAUGGCAUUCUUCCCUGCCUUUUUUUUUUUUUUUUUUAGUUGGUAUUGAUUUGCAGGGAGGAGUGGCCAAAUCAAGACUUAACCAGUUUGUCAUCAGACGUAGCUUAUAUACCAGUCCAAAGUACCAAUCCAAACUACAUCAGAUGUAGCUUAUAUUACCAGUCCAAAGUACCAGUCCAAACUACAUACUGCAUUUGAUGAAAGUCUCAACUAAGGUGGUAAUUUAUUUAUUUAUUUUAGAAUAAACAGAAUUCCCAGGCCUCUUUAAAAUUCUUCUUUGCUUUUUUUUUUUUUUUUUUUUGCAAAGACAGUUUUGCAGUUCCUGCUGUACAGUGCAUAUUCCUAAAGCAAUUACGGACUGGACUAUCAUAUUCUUUUGUUUUUUAAAUUAAGGGGGAUAUGCCGCCCCCCCCCCCCCCCCCCCGGAUAGUCUCACUUGAGACUGAGAAAUACACUAGACAAUAGAGGAAAUAUCCCAAUCUCCAGCCUUCUUUUCUACUUCACUUUGACUUGCAAUUCAUGAAUAUCAAAUUAACUUACUCUUAACGGUACUGGUUCCUCCUUUCAUUCAUUUUCCUAGCUCUGAUUCUUCUCUUUACUUCAUUAUAACUUAAAAGAAUAUUCACAACCUUUGAUCAUGGGAAUUUUAACUAUGAAUAAGAGUAAUGUAUUUUGUCCUCUGCUCUUUCAUCUACAAUCUCCUCAGUUGUUUCAUCUUCACAUUCCUUAGCAUUUACAGAUUUAUGUUAUUUGGAGGUCUUAAGGAGUGUAGCAAAGAUGAUUAUUAAACAAGGUGCCUUAGGUACUCUUUAUUGACCUUGUUUCAUUCUUUCACUUUCAUACAUUCUGUCUCUGCUGGUUUUUGUUGCUGAGUAUUUCAGCAGUUGCCUCACAAGCCAAAGAUUUGCUUGUUUUCAUUCAUUUACUGUGUACUGUAGAUCAUCUAGAAAAAGCCUUGAGAGGCUUUGGCAUGGUAAGUACUACAUGUAUUUGAAACUCACAUAAGUUUGUGGCCUUGGCUAAACUUGCACUUCAGGUGGAUCUUUUCAACUUUUAAUGGAAAUGUAAUUAUUUAUAGCAUUUUGCAUAUUACACACAUCUAAAGGACAAAACAAUAAAAAAGUUCCUGAAACCCUUCCACUCACUCAGUAACAUUCAGAUGGACUACAAGUCACAUUUUUUAUCCAUUGAUGAAGUCAAAUACCACUCUAAUAUCCACAAAACUAUGGACAAAGGCUUCUUAACUCGGUGGUGCUUUUACAUCAAAUUUGCUGAGUGAUCAAUGAUCAAUCCUUCAUUAAAUUUUUACCUACAUUAGGUGAAUUUGUAGUUGCCUAUUUGCUUUCCAGACUAUGGUAUAUGAUGGACUCUGAAUUGAUCAUAUUCCCCUAGCUACAGAGCAAGUAUCUCUGAUGACCCAAUGACCCUGUAUAUUGUGCUAUUUUGUGUAUAGUGGGUGAUUAUUGGUAUGAUUAAAAAGAUCUCUGAUGAUUGUUGUAGCCUCUUUCACCUGACUGAACUGCAACUCGGGACGUGUUUUUUCAAUAGCGAUGUAACUUUUAAUAUUAAUUAUGCCUCUGUCUGUCUUCUAAAACCUUCAAUUUUUGCUUUGGUUUUUAAAAGUCAGUGUUACCUUACUUAAGUUUCAGGCUCUCUCUCUUAACAGUUGAAUCUCUGACCUCUGAACACUCACAAAUGGCAGGUGGAAAAGACAGGGAACAAAGGGAAGAAAACAUAAAACAUGCCAUCUCCCCAUCUAUGAAUAAGACAGAAAGAGACACCACCUCAUCCCUUCUAGUGGCACAGAACAGACGGGUGCUGGGCCGGGCACUUAGAACUACUUCGGGCUGUCCAAGCAGCACAGUAAGAAUGAGGGCAGUUUCGCCUUUUGAAAACUCCCUAAACACAGCAGUUAAAAGCCUGGACUUAAGAGUGUUGCUGUCCUUCUGCCAUUUUCUCUAACCCUCAUGACUGGGCAAAACCCCCUAACAACAAACAGAUAACAGUACCAGUUUUGCACAUUUUAUUCUUGACUGAUGGCUUUUAGGCUACAUAUAACCUGAGGCACCCAUCAAUAUAUCUAAAGCAGCAAGUUAUCAAAGACAGAUUAAGAUAUGGUUCUUAAGCACAUCAGCUGCACUAAAAUAACACUACUUUCACAUGCUUUUGACUGUCUACAAAAUGGGUUGUUUCUUUCUGUGGAAGUGGGUUGCUUUAUUUUGUAUUAGCUGCUGGCCUCAUUUUUCUGAGACCCAAUCACUUUCUUCUGGACCAUUUUAAAUUACUUUGACUUAUUCAACUGGCCUGCUUUUGCCCUCUUUUUCAUAUUAUCUCAAACUUGGUUUAAAGUCCUUGACUUGGUAUGAACUGCAUGUAAGUGAGAAAAAUCUAAGCAGCAAAUAUCUGUUUCAAGAGAUUCCAUUCUGCUUGCUUAAAACAUGCGACUUGUAAUACACCCCUCUCAUCCCCUGAGAACUUUUCAGCUCAGUUCCUCCUACACCAUGCUCCCUUCUGCCUUGAGGAGGCUGACAUAUCCUGCCCUAGUACUGAUGUCAUGUCUGGGCUGGGUCAACAGCAGGGGAAUAAGAUGUUAGGCCACAUGGCCUAGCUGCACUUUUGUUGAGGGGAAAAAAGGCCGAUAAGGAGAGAAAAGUGUGGGGAGCGCAGGAGAUAGAACAGAACAUUUUUCAUGAAACUGUCAUGAAAUGCCUUAUCUGUCUCAGCAGCUGGGACACAUCAACUACCAUUCUCACAGCCUAACACAAGAAGAAUCAGUUUACAUAUCAAAUGCAUGAUGAAAAGGACAAUUUUAACAACCUGUAGAUGAUUACUAGGAACCUGAACAGCAGCUUGACAAAAACAAAUUUUAACAAGAACAAAAAAUGCAUUUUAAUGGACAGAGCAUGAGCCAGUGUUUUAUGCAAAAUUAUUCUGAUUUCUGCUAUUCAUUUAAAUUUUCUUUUUGCCUUUUCAUCUGGCAGCAGUGUUAGGACUCCGCAGGAAUUUCUUUAGGCUAGCUAAAUAGGCACUGCAGAACUGCAAAGAUUUUAGUAUAUAUUAGAACUAAUUUUAAGAAUAAUGACUCAAAAUAGGAAUUGCCAACGUUUCAGGACACAAAUGAGCUAGUUUUCCUCAGUGCUCUUUAGAACACCUAAGAUUCUAUGAUGUCAGAAUGCUUAGCAUAUUGCAUGGAAAGCAGAGCAUGUUGCAGGAUCCCAGCAAGGUAUCUAGCUCUGCUGGACUGUGCAUGUAACUAACUAAACCAAAAUUCUGACUGCAUGACAGUUUUGUCAUCUAUUACAAGUGUUGCAUCCCAUGCAAAGGAAUUACAUAGACAUUGAUAAGGACAUAAGGGCCAGAUUCUUAUAGACCAGAGGAGCAACACAAAGUUUUUAAAGAUAUUAUGAAGUAAGCAGCCGCCUGCUGGAACUUUCAUUAUACAAAUGCAAACAGAGUGGGGCAAUCUAGUGUAUUUACUUUUCAGUAAAUUUAAGAGUGUUUUUCUCAUAUUCCUAAAUACAAUUUUUUGUAUGCUUACCGUUUCAAAAGACUUAUUUCUGACUGUCAAUCAGAAGGCUAUGUAAUAAUUUUUGUUUCAUUUUAAAAUUGAAUAAAUGAGCACAAUUAUGUUCCCUCCCUGUUUCUAA